CUUAACACCAUUAGAAAUAAAAUAAAUUUAUUUAUUUCUAAUGACGUUAAAUAAUUAAAAACGGUCACAGAUAUAAUUUUUAUAUACUAAGAGAUUUUUUUCAUUGGGGUCUAUAAUAUCGUAGAUGGUGCUUUGAAAUUUAAAAAUCAGCUUUGUCAAUACUCUGUGCUAAAAGCAACUGUGGAUAUAGCUGAAAUGGCGCGCUCUGUUACCGUUACCUUGUUGUAUGGAGUGAGAUCGCAAGCGCUGGCUUCUCGACUACGAUGACCACAAGCAACAGGAAAAAUGAUUACCAAUUUGCCGCUUCUUAUUUGCAAUGGUAAUCCGACAGCUCUGGCGAAGCUGAAUGCCGCCGAAUUGGAAAAGUUUAUAACGUUCAUGGUGACAUGUUCCUGGGGUCAUGAUACUGCUAAGGAUAUCCGGCAACCACCAUGGUGGCCCAAGGAUGUAAACUUUUCUCAUCCCUUUGUUAAACCACCAGUUGUUCCCGACGAUUGGGAGGCGAGACUGAAGAGAUUGAUCAAGAGAUGUUAUGAAUAUCAUAAGAGUGCGUUUUUAUUAGUGUUCUCAGCACAGCUUGCGCGAUAUCCGCCUCGACGACUCCGGUAUGUUGACAAUCGUGAUCACACCACUUCCCUCUACUACAGACCCAGUGGUAGACUACUGGUGACGUUCCGAAAUGAAAAUCUGUGUUAUGAUAGAGACACUGUGGAGGAGACGAGCUAUCACCUGAAAUCCACUGAUAUUUAUCUUUGUGAUAAUUGUGAUAGUCAUUUUGAUAAUUUGGAAGUUCUCAAAGCUCACGAGAGACUGUGUAACAAUGAAGUAGUGGCAACUAGUUCGUGUAGUAGUGGUUUUUCAGAUUUUCUAUCAGCUCUGAAGUUGCAAUCUAUAUCGGAUGUUUCAGAUAACAAACAUCCACUAUGUGUUGAAGUUGACUCGCGGCCACGGAAUGGCAGAGGUGCAUCUUAUCUGGAUAGAGGUCCUCCCUACCCAUUCUCAUCCCUUGCAUAUAUGAAAAAUGCAAAGAUAAAUGUACAAAGGGAUACCACCUAUUCUAGAGAAAGAAUAGAGAGAUAUUGUUGUCCUACAACAAUUAUUAGUAAAAAUGUAGGUAGCAAAAGUAAAAAUCAUCAAUUUCCAGUAAGAUAUAGACGACCAAUAGAUUACUGGCACAGGAAGCAUGUGUUCCCCAAUCAAAGAUACAAGAAAAUACUUGAUCUCAAAAGCCAGUUGUUGCUUUUAAAAUGCAGGCCCGUUACUGUGAAUGUUGAGAGAAUGACAAUGGAAAAAGUAGAUGAAUAUAUCGAAAACCUGCAUAAGGAGUCCGAGAAACAUAGCUUAGUGGACAAAGACAUUGUGUUUGUUGAUGGAUUAGACUCUGAACAAAUGGAUGUAGACUGUAAGGUUGAAACUAAAACUAGUGAUCCUCUCAAAAAGGUAGACUGUGACUGUGAAGUGAUUGAUCUGUGUUCGGACGAUGAAACUUCCAGUACUAAUGAGAACUGUGACCCUCGAGCUGGAGUGACUUGUGUGAUGAGAGGUGGUGCGGUACUCAGGCGUACUGCCGCGACGCCUCAUUCAUUGCCUGCAGAGCCCUGCGGCGCUCGCCAGCGCCCUCUACCGUCUCUCAUCCUACAGCCCCAUCCAGUUAUUUUAAUAACUCACACUCUAAACAAUUUACAGACUAUAGCAUUAGAUUAAAUAUAUGUAUUAUUUUUAAUGUAGGUACAUGCUGACAUUAUUUAUUACCUUCCUGAUUAAAAUUAUAAUGUUUA